CUGCUCCGUCCUUUCACAGGAGGUUAUAUCUUCAAGUCUUUGGAAAGACAAGAGGUUGAAAAAGAAAGAAAGAAAAGGAAAACUAAUGGAGACUUUAACUAUGCGUUAAAUUUGCGCGUCGCUUUUAUGGGAGACGUCUUUACAUACACGAGCUCUAAAUCUGGAAGGUGUUGCAGCGGCCGCAAUGUCUCACGCACAGGUUGAGAUCCCAGGACGCGGCUUUCCAGGCCUCUCCGUGGACAUGACGGACGACUGCUUGUCCCGCAACGUGCUCAGGACGCACGGCUUGAACGCGCGGAGGAACUCUUACUGUCUGCAGAAAAUCACCAUGGACAUUGAUUCUCCCCUAUACAGCAGCGCCCUCUCCAAAGCACUGUCCUGGUCGGCUGAGAAUAUCCUGUCGCUCGCAGAGUCCAGAGUAGAGGAGGAAAAAGCGGACGAGUCCCCGCAGCAGCUGUCUCCCGUCUCCAGCCAGGACGCCAGCACCGACGCGCCCUCAGGCAGCCAGGAGCCCGACGCGGUGGGAGGAAACUGGCCCUCGGAACGCAGAUCCCAAGCUCACGAUGCCAGCUCGGACUCUGACAACGAGCUUCAGAACAGACAAAACAAGGUCCUGUCCCGCAUCACCUUUGACACCCAGUGGGAGCAGGAGGAGAAGGAGGACGUGGAGACCAAAGCGGUGGCAACCUCACCCGAUGGAAGAUAUCUCAAAUUCAACAUAGAGAUCGGAAGGGGUUCCUUCAAGACUGUGUAUAAAGGCUUGGACACGGAGACAACGGUGGAGGUGGCAUGGUGUGAGCUACAGACACGUAAGUUGACCAAAGCGGAGCGGCAGCGUUUCAGCGAGGAAGUGGAGAUGCUGAAAGGGCUGCAGCACCCAAACAUCGUACGUUUCCAUGACUCCUGGAAGUCAACAGUGAAGGGCCACAAGUGCAUCAUCCUCGUGACUGAACUCAUGACCUCGGGCACGCUCAAGACGUAUUUGAAGAGGUUCAAGGAGAUGAAGCUAAAGCUGCUGCAACGCUGGAGUCGCCAGAUCCUCAAGGGGCUUCACUUCCUUCACACACGCACUCCCCCCAUCAUCCACCGGGACCUCAAGUGUGACAACAUCUUCAUCACCGGCCCCACUGGCUCUGUUAAGAUCGGAGAUCUGGGGCUCGCCACUCUCAAAAGUGCCUCAUUUGCUAAAAGUGUCAUUGGAACUCCGGAGUUCAUGGCCCCAGAGAUGUAUGAGGAAAAGUACGACGAAGCAGUGGACGUCUACGCCUUGGGAAUGUGCAUCCUGGAGAUGGCCACGUCCGAGUACCCGUACUAUGAGUGCCAAAAUGCUGCACAGAUCUACCGCAAAGUCACCAGUGGCAUCAAACCUGACAGUUUCUACAAAGUCAAAGUCCCAGAACUCAAGGAGAUUAUUGAGGGCUGCAUUCGCAUGAUCAAAGAUGAAAGGUAUACCAUUCAGGACCUUCUGGACCACCCCUUCUUCCAGGAGAACAACGGCGUUCACGUAGAGCUGGCGGAGGAGGACGACAUGGUGAAGUCUGGCCUGAAGCUGUGGCUGCGCAUCGACGAUACUAAGAAGCUUCACGGGAAGUACAAGGACAACAACGCCAUCGAGUUCCUCUUCGAGCUCUACAAGGAUGUGCCCGAGGAGGUGGCUCAGGAAAUGGUCGUGCUCGGCUUUGUGUGCGAGGCAGACUUUAAAAUCGUAGCCAAGGCCAUACGGGACCGAGUGACGGCCAUCAAGAGGCAGAGGGAGAAGCUGAGGCGGCAGGCGGAGGAGCGUAAAAAAAAGGAGGCACAGGAAGUAAUAGAGGAAGAACCAGAGCCUCAGCCACCUUCACCUAAGGUCACUGAUGUUGUUGCAGCAGAGUCCCCCCUGUCACCUUUGGCCGCUGUUUCAUCCCCCAUCACCAGCUCUGCAGACUCUGGUGUCAGCUCCAGCUACCCUACAGAGCCAGAGGAGCCCGAGGCAGAUCAGCACUUCCGUGUCCGCAACAACAGCCUGUCUUCGGCUAACUCUGACUGUGAAACGGACGGCGACCUGAGUUCCUCUGGCCUUCAGGAUCCGCUGGAGGCCGGCGGCUUCAACGGGCCUGCGACCCCUCCGACCCCCUCGACUCCUCUGACCACACACUCCAACACCCCCGCUGUAAACGGCCUCGCCAUUCCAGCACUUCGCUUCCCCUCGAGUAUUGCAGUCUGCAGCAACACAGAACAUGGCAGCUCAGGUCCUCCAAGUGGGUUCAACUCUCCUGUGGACAGCUACGCUUCUGAUGUGACAUCGGGCUUGAGCGAUGGUUACGAAGGCCUAUCUGAGAAGGGCGAGAAAACAGCUGCAAGGCGAACGGCUGCGAAGCUGUUCAGGCGAAGGGCGCGCUCGCGGCUUCGCAUCACAGGGCUUUCUGAUAAAGUGGACCGGGUAGUCGAGUGUCAGCUUCAGACACACAAUGACAAGAUGGUGACCUUCAAGUUUGAUUUGGAUGGAGAUAACCCAGAAGACAUCGCUGCUGUCAUGAUUCGAAGUGAAUUCAUCCUGCCGUCUGAGAAGGAGGGCUUUAUCCACCGAAUGGGGGACAUCAUCAAACGGGCCGAGGCUCUGAUGUCCAAAGACCCGUCGGUUCACAACAGCGGACAUCGCCUCGCCCAGCUGGCUUCCAGUGGUGUGGCUAACUCAUUGUCUUCUUCCCAGCCUAAUCUGCACAGUCACUUUAUGCCUCGAACACACUCAUCUUCUUCUCUCCCCGACUACAGUAUGGCUAACCCCAGUGUAGAAGUGCAUGGCUCCCCCCCUUAUCCUAAUGGCGAUGUCCUGAGUUCAGAUAUUACUUCACCUGGGCAACCUCUUGUACGCUCACAGUCUUUCUACAACACCCCAGGAUCUCCUCUUCAUUAUCAUCAGCAUCAACGACCUUCAUCUCUCCUGUCCCACCAGCAGCACUACCAUUUACCCUACAUGGGCCAAACUCAUUUUCCAUUCCCAUAUCCAGGAUCUCCAGGUUCUCCAAAGCCAGCAGGGCUGCAUCCUCCCCUUACUCGGGUAGCCAGUUACCCUACCUUUCCCUCUGUUCCCUCACCAACACCCAGCUCACCCAGUCCAGUGAAUGAGACCCCAAGUGCCACAGUGGAAAGUGUCACCAUGUCCCCACCUGCACCACAGCCUCCCAACAUGUGGCCCGCCCACUCUCAGCCGUUAUUCUCUUUAGCUAACGUCAUCUCCAUGGCCAUGAGUAUGGCUCAGUCAUUCAUCCCCCCUCCAAACAUGCCCACUCAGGUGAUGCCCUCGUAUCCGGGCUUCCACCCCCACCUGCAAAGUCCCAUCGCUCCUCCGUCAGGUUACCCAUCCGUCUACCCUCACCAUUACCAGACUCCACCACCGGUGGGCAUCCCAGCUCAGAACAUCUAUCACAGUCCAGAGCAUGCGCAUCAGAUGGAUGGACUCGGGUUUUACCAGAACAAUCAUCCACAGUGGCAGCAUCCUGUGUCUCCACCUUCUAUGCCGUCCACUCCUCCGCUGGCCACCCUGGAGCCUCAGCAACAGGUCCGACUAAACAGUUCACCCAUUCCACAAAAGCAGGAUAGCAAUAUGGCCCCAUACUUAGCCCAGAUUUCACCCCAGCUUCAAACUGGAACAGAAGUAUCCAUGUCACAGUCUUCAUCAGAGGCUUCCCCAUCUCCACCAGUGAGCCCAGAGAACACUGUUUCCUCCUUCAGCAAUCAGUUGCACUCAGUAGGAUCUGCAGCCAGGACCAGCAGCCCAAACCUGAAAACUUCUUCCACUGAAUGUGAAGUGAAGUCAGCACCUGUGACGGUUGGGAGAUUCCAGGUGACGCCCAGUGUUGACAUUUUGGACCCGCCUGUCCCAGUGGUCGCUGCACCACAGAUAGCCAACAACAACAGGACCCCGUCAGAGAGCAGCACAGAGGAGGUGGGGGGUUCUGAAACCAGCCUCAACACCUCCCUCACCAUGUCCCCUCCUCAGCCUCUUCCCCACAGAGGACCCACGGGGGUCCCCCAGAAGGUGGACAGGCCGGCGGGGUGGGCUGUGAGCCAGCAGCAACGUCAGCAUCAUAAAAGAGACGAUGAAGAAGAUGAGGAAGAGAGUGAGAUUUUAGGGGAGCGAUCGAGGGUGAGGAAGAGGGGUCGGAGGAGGACUUGCAGUCUCAGUCUGAUGGGGACCUCUGCGGACAGCGGCCUCUCUGUGACGGCCGCUGAGAUGGAGGGGAGGCUGUGGGAUGGAGCAACGGGGAGCCCCCAGUACAGCAACGCCCUUCACAACCUGUGGUUGACGACUUAUAACCGCAGCGCCCCCUAUCUGAGCAGUGACGACUCGGACAGCGAGGACGAGGAGAUGAUGGAGGAACUUCAGGAACUCAGAGAAAAACACCUAUCAGAGGUCCAGGCUUUGGAGGCCGAACAGAAGAGAGAGAUCGAGGAACUGUAUGCUAGGAUGGGGAAGGUUCCUCCGCCGGGCAUCGUCUCUCCUGCAGCCAUGCUGUGCAGCCGGCAGCGCCGCCUUUCCAAAGGGAAUGGCUUUCCCUCAUCGCGCAGGAACAGUCUGCAGCGUGUGGACAUACUGCCUCUCCAAGGUAUCAUCAGGAGAAACUCUCUCGGAGGCAGCAGCAGCAGCGGCUCGCAGGAUAAACCCAGUAAAGGCGUCACUUUUGCUACCGACAUCAGUAGAAUGUAAGAACCUGGGCCAAGAACUCUAAAUAUCCGGACUACCUCAUCUGAAGCGUGACCGCAAGAGGUCAAAAUCCUUCAACCCUUUCACUGGUGCACCAUCCAACAAUCUGCGCUUCUCUGUCAGUGAUCAUGUGGCUCCGCCAGCUGCUCAUUUACCUCACUUGUACAGAAGCCGUUACUGACCAGGCUGGAGACGAUACAGGACAAUCCAGUUCUCAGUGUUGACCAGUCUGGUUCACUCCUACAGUACAAAGGUAAAUCUGCCAUAGCUCUCUGCUGAUUAUUCUCCCUGAUAACAAUGCAAUGACGCAGUCAAGCGAUGGUACCAUGUGCUGCAGAAGCGUGGGAUCUACCAUGAAGCUGACCCAGAAUGAAAUGGAUGUUUUCCUGCUUGUCUGACUUGAUGUUGUUCAGAUUAACAGUAACAGGAGCCACUGUGAGGCUGACACACUUGCUGUACUUUAUAAUGAACUCACAUCCUCUGCUGAAUGAACAGUGAAUAUAUUCUCAUUCAGAAGAGCGGCAGUUACUUCCUUCCUUGAACUAAUGCGAAGAAUCUACCUGCAUCAUAUUCUGAUUUAUUGAAAUAGGUACUGUUAAGACAACUAAUUUAAUAUCUGCUUUCUGGGGGGACAAAAAUGUGACAUUUAAUGUUUCUGUUGUGCAAGAUUUUUCUCAUUAAGGUACUAUCAAGUGAGAAAGUUGGUGCAGAAAGCACAUUAUGUUAGGGAUUCUCUAGCUGGGUUAAAUUGUUUCAAAACUACUGGCUUUCCUGUUGACUGUACAUUUGUAUAAAGCUGAGUGCAUUUAAUAUAGAUCAUGUUUACAGUUUCAAAAGUAAACAAAAAUAUUUCUGGUACCAUAAAUCCUUUUGGAGCAAAAUGAAACAUGCAGGUGCAUCAGUGUAAAUUAAAAAUAUAAUUGUACUCAAUUUAUUUUAGUAAUUCAGCUCAAAAAGGCUCAACUCUUUUAAGAUAGACUCAUUACACACAGAGUGAAUGUAGCUAAUGAAACCCCAAAAUUCAGGUUUUCUUAAAGUUUUAAUGAAAAAAAUAAAUUAAAAAUUUGAAAAUUGAAAUCUCCAUUUGCUAAGGUUUAUAUGUGCAAAGGCUGGUUUUGCAUAAAUUAUUGAAUCGGCAUUGCUUCACAUUCGUUUCUUCCACAAAUGUUUCAUUUUGCAUAAAUAUGUCUGGAUACAGCAGUAUGACCAGAAGCUUUUUUAGCUAUUGACCAUUUCUGGCAUACCUACAUUGUAAUGGGCUCUGACUGUCUGCAGGACAACGGUCAAAUUGUCGUCUUAUGCUUCAUUAUGCAAAAUCUUCAUAGCAAAAUCUUCCAAAAAAAAAAAAAAAA